AUGGUAUCCAGCGACAAUCUGCAGCCUCAGGCUAUUGGCCUGAUCUUCGCCUUUCCUUCUGUCGCGACCGUGGCUGUGGCUCUUCGCCUUUAUAGCCGUACACUGACGCAGUCGUUUGCCGCAGAUGACUGGGUUAUUUGCGUCGCAAUUAUCAUGUAUUGGGCGGAGACGUUGAUUAUCUACACGUAUAUCGGAUACAAUGUUUCGGACAUACCUCUUGACUAUUCCGCUACUCUUGGCAACAAAUAUGGCUACGCGACCGAGCUCAUUUACAAUCCCAUUUUGGCUCUCGUCAAAACCUCUAUCCUGCUCUUCCUUUUGCGUUUGACCGGCCAAAAGAAGUCGGUGCGCCAAGCCAUCUGGGGACUUUUGAUCUUCAACGGCCUCACCGCUGUGGUCACAUUCUUGAUCACUGUUUUCCAUUGCUUGCCUAUCGCGGCCAACUGGGAUGCAGCCUCAUACCCUGAUGCGGUCUGUCUCAAUUUCGCAGAUUUCGUCACCGGCACGGCCUCGGUCUCCAUUCUUACCGAUGUCCUGGCGUUAAUUUUGCCUACCUGGAUCGUAUAUCGACUACAAAUGCAAUGGAAUCAAAAGUUGAUGCUGAUUGGUAUUUUGUCGUUUGGACUUCUAACCGUGGUGGCAGGCAUUAUUCGCGUGAUUCUCCUCGACAAUUUCGACCGCCAUUUACCCGAAAACUACACACACUCGGUUCUCUUUUGCGUGUCCACUAUCGAAGUCGGUCUAUCGUUUGUCGCUGCCUGUGCCCCCUCUUUUAAGCCUCUUAUCACUCGACUCGUCCCCAAGCUCUUCGGCUCGACCCGAACCGGCCCGUACAACGGCUCCACCAACCGCAGCGGUCGGGGCUACAAUCUCGAGAAUGGGACAAACUUCAGUCGUCGCGGGAAUGAUCAAACUAUCACCACUGUCGAGUGUGGUGACCAUGAAUUGGACCAUGGGCCCAGGAAAAUGAAUUCCAAGAACAUGAUCACCAUGACCACGCAGAUGGAGGUUACAUGGGGACAGUCUAAUCGUGACGAUCGGGAUACUAGCAGCAUGGAGAGUCUUGUACAUGCAAAAUAG